UGGCAUUUGCGCUACUCUUGAAUAAUUCUAGCUUGCUUUAUUCCGGCCUAAUUUAUCGAUGCCGUUUUUCCUUACAGUGCACACCCGCCGACUGCGAACACAAGGCGAAUUGCUUGUUGUCUAAUCUAGAGCUAAGCAAACUACUAUAGCUACUCGGGUACAUAGCUUUGAUCUAACGUAAAAUACAACUGUGGCGCAGUGCGAGAGCGAGAGCGGCACAGUGAAGGAGGGGCCUUCCAAAACAAUGUGAGAGGAGUUCCGUCGUGCAUGAAAUGAUCGUUAAAUUAAAAGAACGUUACCCACUCGAGGCCAGAUCAGUCAGCCGCUGACAACGAACCCGCAACGACGCCAACGAAUUCGUCGGGUAUAAAAAAUAAAAACCAACGAACCCAAAGUUAAUUAGACAGCAUAAAAUUUGAAAUAUUAACUAAUUAAAAACGCAUUGAGACCGGCGGCGACCCAGUGACUAGCGAGAAGCGGUAAAAUGCGGGACGGCGACAACGAAAAUAGCACAGCCCCCGUCGGCCGGACGGACAGGGAAGUGCGACGAGCCUCUGCCGCACAGCGCCAAACACUGCGACGCUUCCUCAUCGAACUACUCAUCAUUGUGGUGCUGACGAUACCCAUCUAUAUCUGCGAGUUCGCCGUGGAGCCAGUGCGGCGCGGCUUCUUCUGCGACGACGAGAGCAUACGAUACCCGUUCCAGGACAACACUGUGACGCCCGUGAUGCUGGGAGUACUGGCGGGCGGCCUGCCCUUCCUCACCUUUGUUAUAGUCGAGUAUGUCAGCUCCAUGCGUGCCGGCGAGCUCUCAUCCACGGUGGAGCUGCUGGGCUGGCACUUGUCGGCCUGGUAUGUGGAGCUGGGCCGGCAGCUAACCUAUUUUGGGUUCGGCCUGCUACUGACCUUUGACGCCACCGAGGUGGGCAAGUACACGAUUGGACGGCUGCGGCCACACUUCAUGGCUGUGUGCCAGCCGCAGCUCAACGACGGCAGCCUGUGCAGCGAUCUCAUCAAUCUGCAUCGCUAUGUAGAGGACUACGAGUGCGCCGGAGAGGGCUUCACCGUUGCGGAUAUCCGGCAGGCGCGCCUCAGCUUUCCCAGCGGACACUCGAGCAUCGGCUUCUACUCGCUGCUUUACACGGCCCUCUAUCUGCAGCGCAAGUUGACCUGGCGCAGCUCCAAGUUGAUGCGCUACUUUCUGCAAUUCGUCCUCAUAAUGCUGGCGUGGUACACCGCGCUGAGCCGCGUCAUGGACAGCUGGCAUCAUUGGUCCGAUGUGCUGACCGGCUCGCUGCUGGGCAUCGUGGGAGCCCUGCUAACUGCCCACUACAUUGCCAAGCUGUUCAGGUCCCCCUCCUUCCAAGAUGUCAGCCUAGGCGGCACACUGCGCCGCGAGGACACCUCGGCCACGCUACAGGAGGUCUGCCCCAGCACUCCUCCUCCAUACUGUGUGAAUAACAGCUACAACGACGAUCAGUAUUGCACCAAAGUAUAGGCGGAUCGCCGAUCGCCGAUCGCCGAUCGCAAAGCGGAAACUUGUAAUUAAACAUUCCAAAUCAAAUAAAGUACGGCGUAACUGAAAAUAUUUGAGAAA